UCGAAAUAAAUAGAGCGAGAUAGUAUUACACAAAUCGCUGUCGGCAAGCAAUAGGACAGUCGUGCGAGCGAGUAAAAUGUAUAUUGUCCGUUGUUCAGAGUUCCAGGCCAAACAUUCUGUGCAUCGCAACGGCUGAAUCGACUUUUUAUAGUUGCAAUGCACGACAUUUGCAUUAAUUAUAUUAGUAACAAAUUGAAGGAACAACAACAACAACAACAACACAAAUAUAGCUUAUAAUCGAUUUUAAUUGCUAUCGAGUCUAAAAACCAAAACAAUUGUUCAAGUGUCAAAGCAUAAAAGCUCAGCCACGGCUCGACAAAUAAUCCCCACAGUAACACCAACAACAUUAAUAACGGCAACUCUAAAGCCAGUAGCAGCAGCAGCAGAGCAGCAGGAACGUUCCACAGCCACAACAACAACAAAUGGGAACCAAUUCAGGAGCCACCGCUGGCAUUAAUAACAAGCCUGUCGGCGGUGCAGCUGUUCUAGGCGUUGGCGUUGGCAACUCCGCUGUGGGCGGCGGCGUGCUCUCCAAUAGCUUGGGCGGCGUCGGCAGCGGUGGUCUCAGCAUCAGCGGCUUGAGCGCUGGCGGUCAAAACGCUAAUGUUGGCAGCAUAAUCAGCGGCAACAUGGGAGGCAGCGGCGGUGGUAACAAUGGCAGCGAUGAUGGCGGCAAUGGCAUGGGCGGUCCUGGCGGCGGACCCAAUAAUCAGCAGGCGACAACGCCUCAAUACACAAUACCGGGCAUCUUGCACUAUAUACAACAUGAAUGGUCGCGCUUUGAAUUGGAGCGCUCACAGUGGGAUGUGGACAGGGCUGAGCUGCAGGCGCGCAUUGCUAUGCUGCUGGGCGAGCGCAAGUGCCUAGAGAGCCUUAAAUCGGAUCUAACGCGACGCAUAAAAAUGCUGGAGUAUGCGCUGCGCCAGGAGCGAGCAAAGUUCUAUCGAUUAAAAUAUGGCACCGAUCCGCCGGCGCUGAACGAGUUCAAGCCCUCGGCGAGUGAGGAGACCGGCUUGGGUGGCGAUGUGGCGACGGAUUCCGAAGUGCCGUAUAGCUCGGUGUCGAACACCACGUGGCGACAGGGCAGGCAAAUGCUGCGACAGUAUUUGGCCGAGAUUGGCUACACAGACAACAUUAUUGAUGUGAGAUCAAAUCGUGUGCGCUCUAUACUUGGACUCAAUAACAAUGCGGAUCACGAUGGCGGCAUUGGGAGCAGUGGGGGCGAAAAUCUAAGUCCAAAUAUCAAUGGCAAUGAGAGCAAUAAACGUGCCUCAGAAUCUGAUGGCCGUCAUACUCCCGCUAAAAAAGUGCAACAAUCCAAUGAUGCCAUCAUACUGGACACUGAAGCGGCGGUGAUGGCCAAUUUUGAGUUCCUUGGUCCCACAGAAAUGUCCGACGAUGAUGAGAUAUCCGAUGAUCUGGAAAUGGUUGCCACCGACAAUGAUGAUAACGAUGUCAAAAUGGCCAAGCGGCCCAAAUCCGGCAAGGAUAUGCUUAGCGAAGAUCUUGAGGCCGAGGUGGGAGAGCAUCUCUUGAACGAUAUGAAUCUAAUGGCUGAAGAGGUUGAUAGCUCGCUGGGUCUGGGUGAGCUGGCGCAAUUAACGGUUAACAAUGAUUCGGAGGGCUCAUACGACUCAAACACCAAGGACGGCACCGGUGGCAGCGCUGGCGGCGCCGGUUAUCGCAAAACCUGGAAUGCCAAGUACACACUGCGCUCGCAUUUCGAUGGAGUGCGCUCACUAAUUUUCCAUCCGGAGGAGCCGGUGCUUAUAACCGCCUCGGAGGAUCAUACGCUUAAACUGUGGAAUCUACAGAAGACGGUGCAAGCCAAAAAGUCCGCUAGUCUUGAUGUGGAGCCACUAUACACGUUCCGUGCUCACACCGGUCCCGUGCUCUGUCUGGGCAUGUCGGCCAGCGGUGAGACGUGCUACUCAGGUGGUGUCGAUGGCAACAUUGAAUGCUGGCAGUUGCCAUCGCCCAACAUUGAUCCAUACGAUUGUUAUGAUCCCAAUGUGCAUUCGGGCACACUGGAGGGCCACACGGACGCUGUCUGGGGUCUGACCACAAUGCAGAAUAAUAUUGUGUCGUGUUCGGCCGAUGGCACAGUCAAGCUGUGGGCACCAUAUACCAAGGAACCGCUGCUGCGCACUUAUACAGCCGCAGAGGCCGAGGGCGGGCCCUCGUCCGUCGACUUUGUGCGCAACGAGGUGGAUCAUAUUGUGGUGGCCUAUAAUAGUGCUCAUUGUAUUAUCUAUGAUACGGAGACGGGCAAGCAAGUGAUCAAACUUGAGGCAGCCCAAGAGAUGUCCGGCAAUACGGGGAAAUAUAUCAACAAGGUUGUCUCGCAUCCAACGCUGCCGAUAACGAUAACAGCGCACGAGGAUCGUCAUAUACGAUUCUGGGACAAUACAUCCGGCACGCUGGUGCACUCAAUGGUGGCGCAUCUGGAGCCCGUGACCUCGCUAGCCGUUGACGCUCAUGGCCUAUACUUGCUGUCCGGCUCACAUGAUUGCUCCAUACGACUGUGGAAUCUGGACAAUAAGACCUGCGUGCAGGAGAUAACAGCGCAUCGCAAAAAGUUCGAUGAGAGCAUAUUCGAUGUGGCCUUCCAUGCCACCAAGCCCUAUAUAGCCAGCGCCGGUGCCGAUGGCCUUGCCAAAGUCUUUGUCUAAGGCGGCGACCGGCGACAGCUGAAAGCGCAGCAGCUAAAAGUGCAGUGUUUACGAGUUCAAGUUAUAUACUUAUACAUACAUAUAAAUAACAUACACACAUACAGAGCAACAACAGCAACAAACAACAAGAACACACACACAUCUAUAUAUAAAUAUAUACAUUAUAACUAUACAUUAAAAGCUAAUUAUACAUACAACAAGAACAAGUGAACAUCCACAACAACAAACAAAUAUGGCAAACUAUGCUAAAAAAAAAAAAAAAGAAAUAUUGGGUUCAAAAAGAAAUUGAGCAUAUAAUAAAUUAACACUUGAAAAGUAACGGCAAUGGAAAUAUAUCUAAACAAAAAUUGUAUGCCAAGCAUUGAUGGCCACGCAUAUUGAAGAACCACAUUAAAAAUUAAGAGUAAACUUAACACACCAUACUCAUUAUAAGAAUAGCUCUUGCAGCUGCGGCCAACAAUUAACACACGCGCGCUCUCUGAUCUGUGAUUUAAGUAAAGUUAAGAGCGUCUGCUGCUUUACAAUUGGAAAAGGAAAAGAGAGAACUGUUUCUAUGCGCGCCCUGUGGCCGUAAGUUCAAUAUAUAUUCAGCGUAGAUUGAUUGCGUAUCCAUAACAGUAUAGAUUUAGCUAAACAUAUAACGUUAACUGCACAGCGAUCGUUUGCCAAUUGUUGCUACAUUUUCUGUACAUUUUAUAUGCCUAUAUACAUAAUAUAUACAUAUUGUAUAUUUGAACGUAUUAUAUAUACCUUAAACUUGUCUUGUUCAAACAAAAACAAAAAAAAAAACUAGUGCUUUGUACAAAUUGGCCGCUCGCUGUGACAGUUUGACAAGAAAUUUGCAUUUCUUGAGACAUCUAACAAAACACAACAACAUUAACGUAAUGAUAUAUAGACGAUCAAAUUUUUAUAGUCUUAAGUGGCAUAUAUAUAUAUGUAUAACUAACUGCAAAAAAAAAAAAACAACUCUUCUCUCAUCCACACACACACAC